GACGCCUCAGUCGCUUGUGCUACCAAGACAAGGCACCCAGUCUUCGCGUAAGAUAGUGGGGGUCGGUAUAAAGUGGCGAGGUGACCUAUUUCGUCUCCCACAACCGAUAGACCGCAGUCCACUGCUGUUGUUAUUGUUUACCUCUUUCAAACUAUUAUUUAUAUUUAAAUCUGUGAUUUUGAAUUAAAAACGUAGAGUGAAUUGUGUGUUUCGAGUGUUUGUGAUUGUCUGUGAUUAUUUUGACACGAUGAAGGUCUACAUAAUCUGCGUAGCGAUUUGCUCUCUAACACAAGCGGUGUACAUCAGCCGCAUGAGCUCAGUCAACAGACGGCGGGCUCCAGUACCGUUCAGGCCAGGAGUCAACAUGCAGAGGCCGUGGACACAAACCCGACUCGUACAAGCUGCUUCACAAAGAGCUCCUUAUGUGCUUUACAGGAAACCGCCACAGAGGUUCGCAGUAAAGCACUACGCGCCAACACGCAAUAUGUUCGCCAACGGGCCUUGGAAGACCACAGCCCGUCUGCCUCCCAUGUCUCCCGUCACUCAAGAGUACGAGUUCGUAAGGGCAGCCUCAUCAGCACCAGUGGUGCACACAGACGGUGGUACAGGUGCGAUCCACACGAUACCAGCACCCAACCUGAGCCUGUCCGAGAAGCCCAUCGUGGUCAUCGAAGCAUCUGAUACUCCUGUUUCACAUACUGAACAGCCUAAACCAUCUUACGAAGUGACAGAGGCCUACCCGGAGCACGAGUUUAGGAUUGCGAAAAUUGAACCGCCUAUAGGAUUCUCAAAAGCUACAUCCUUCACAACACCAGAACUGGAAUCGUUGAUAAGAAACGGGGCCGCUUUACAGCUAGCGUCUGAGUACAACUUGCCAGCAACUAUGAACUUCAGUCCACAAAGGGUUGUGCCUCACCAAUUCCAAGUACAGAAUUUAAAUUCCCUUCCAACACAACAGGACCUAAUAAACACAGGAGCCGAAGGCCUAUUCAUACCUCCUCAAGCCUUAUAUCAAUCCGAUCCUAUGUUCUUGCAAAAACUGCAAAACCAACUAAUUCAACGUUUCCCUGCAUUGGAAUUUAUUCCAUAUACAGCUGAUGCGUCAAAUCAAAUGCAUUUACACCCACAAGCAUCUCAGGUCCAUGCUCAAGUCAUUCAUCCGCAAAUGAUACUUCUCGAGAAUGAACAACUGAAUACCCCCUUAUACCCGGAACCCAAAGAACAUAAAAACGUAGUGCAAAGGGAGACACAGGAGAAAUCAGUUGUCACUUUGGUACCCCAGGCAUUUUCAGUUGCCGAAAAUAAAACGACAACUACAACAGAGAAACAAGUAGAGCUAACGCCGUCACCUGAGCCACAAAACAUUACAGUAGAAUUAGUAUCAACGGAAUCGCAGCCAAUGACAACUACUAUCCAGUACAUACUUGACACUAAAAAAGAAGAACAAACCACAACGCCUAUAUACUAUGCGCAGAUUGGUCAGAGCGUCGGCAAUGCAAUAGCUAAUGGGUUUUACUCAGCCAUCAAUGACGUAAGAGCAGCAGCGGCUUUAGCCCAAGUAGAAAAAGCACCAGUUUAUGAUCCAGCUGAAAAUGUAACCACAACUACUGUUAAAACGGCUUAUUUCGUCAAGACUGAAGAGAAGGCUGAGAACCAAUCUGCUACCGAAUUGAAACCACUUUUAGGAGCACCUUUUACCAAAGCAACUGAUUCAGUAAACGUAGCAUAUACUCUGGUACGGGCAGAUGAUAAACAACCAAAGGUGACCCAAGAGGGCGCCGUGUACGCAGGACAAAUUGUAGAAGCAUCUAUCAGCGAAGACCAGGACUUCAAUAAACAACAAGCCCAUUUAAUGUCCCGAAGAGCACCUAUAAGAUUAUUUGCAGUAUCUGACACAAAAAAUAAUGCCAAUUCAGUAAACACAUUACCCAAAGUAAAUGUAGUGAAGGCAAAAAUUCCUCCAAAGAGCAAACUGACGUUUGACGACAAAACUGGAGAACCAAUUUUAAGGAUAUAUGCUAGUUACGUAGACAGCCCUGCACAGAAAGAAGCGAUUGUAUCAAAAUUAGCAGCUCUUAAGCCAGUAAAGACUGCAGUUAAGAAAGAUAGCGUGGAGAAUUGGAAGUCAUCAACAAUCAAGAGUGUUGAAAAGACACAAGGGUCUGACGCGAAUCAGGUCACACAGUUUGGACUCAAGCUAAGGGAGAGGAGCGACGAUUUCUAUCUACCGGCAUUUGAUGAUUAUGACAUUGACGAGUGACUGAACUUUAUGUAGGAUUAAGUUAAUAUUAUUAUAGUGUAAAGUGAAGUCUGGUGCUAAACUGGCAAUUCUUGUAUUAGUCUUCUCGUGCUCAAAGACUGCUAAUGGUAAAGAUUAAUAUUUAUUUUAUUGGUUGUGAAGAAAUCGCGGUUGAAUAUCUCGAUUAUGGGUUUUUUUUUCUUCUUUAUUAACCGACUUGAAAAGAUGGACGUUCUUUGUUAACCAAAUUUACUGCGGAUUACUAAAUUUGUCUAACAUAUGUAACAUUAUUCCUAGAUAGUUUUUCAAUCUAGAAAUAGUCGUAUAUAUUGUCGCCAAAAUUGUCGCUAUUGUCGAUUUUUUCAUAAAUCGAGAUAUCCUUGACCGGGGAAAAAACUGUCAUAAGAUGAUAUGAUGCAAAUGUUAAAUAACGAUAACGUUUUGUAUAUUCACUUCGAAGUAUAACAACUACAAAAAGUCAUUUAAAUUGAUUUACAGGUUUUUGAUAUAUCAAUAUCAAUUUGCGAAUACCGUAUCCUGUAAAAUAUUCUAUAAUUAUGUAAAUAUUAUUGUGUAUGAGAUAGAAUUAGUGAAGUUAAAAUUUAGAAAGAUCAAAAUAUGUCUUACUUUACAACUGAUGGGAAACUUUUAAAACUGCUAAAUUUUUCGAUUGAUUGUCUACAAUUGACUAAAUCACUAAAUUAUUAAUACUUAACUGGAAGCCUAAAAAGCUACUUUAAAGGUAAUAAUUUAUAAUUAGUAAUUAGUAUGUGCAUUUAGACUAAUUGUU